AUGACAAUUGUACACAACUUUGCAAGUUUCAUAUUUAGUUUCUUCUUAAUCGAGAUCUUGCACCCUUCACGUCAGUUUCUUUUGACAAAUUUAGGAUGCCGACUGUUCCUGUCACAACUUGUCACAAGGGUCGCAGCACUUGGCUUAGAGACUUCGACCAUCAGCGCUUGGCGCCUUUUGUUCAGAGGAUGGCCGAAGAGUGCACCACCGGCAACUGAGGACCGCCACCUGAAGCUGAAAACAUCGAAAGCAGCGAGGCGAUCACCACACAGGACCGUUGGUCUACCUGCGUGGCGAUCGGGACUUUGCUGUUCUCCAUCCCUGCAUUGGUUGGCAGCUGAUGUUGGCCCGUGCUGCUCGCGGGACUUUUCAGUGGCUUGGCGUCCAUCAACACGUCUUCGUCACGGUCCUUCGUUUAUGCGGAAAUGGGGUCCCUUCUUCUGUAUCCUGGCCUCAAUCUUCCUCUGCAUGGCAGACCUCACUCGUCACUUAGUCAAUGACGCCUGGGGCGCAGCUUGCACAGAUCUGCCAGAUGGAGCACAACUGGGUAUCUUCAACGGUGGUUCCAGUCCAGAGAUGCUGGGUGCCAUCUACUACAAGUGCCCCAUGCAGAAAUUUUAA